AUGAUUGAGCGACUUGGAGACUCGUUGUCCGUCUAUCGCCAAUACGAAGAGCUCUUCGGUGACAAUGAGCGAUUUAAGACUGCUUUGACCAACGUAUACUAUCAUGUCUUGGUCUUUUUGAAGCAGGCCAAGGAUGUCUUUACGUCAAAAGGAUUUCGAUUAUUUGGCAAGGUCUUCUGGCAGUCUUUUGAGAAUGAGUUUCAGAGCACCCUAGAGUCUAUCUCUCGACACACCAACCAGUUACAAGAAGAGAUCUCGCUCGCCCACCGGAAAACAGUUCAAGCCACCUUGGCCAACCAAGUCCGAUUGCAAGUGUCUACAUGUGAGGCUCUCCGAAGAAUCGAGGCUCAGAGUUUUCCGAGACAAAGGUUGAUGGAGUGGCUCUCUCCGGUUGACAUGGAAGAAGUUUUCCUUCGGGAAUCUCAACGCCGCUGCGAACCAUGCGGUCAAUGGCUGCUUGAUCAACAACCAUACCGUGACUGGUUGGAAACAUCCGAUCCAAGAUUAGUUUGGAUCGCAGGCCCUCCAGGUGCUGGAAAAACCGUUCUAAGUGCGUCGAUCAUUGAAUCGGUCCGAAAGGCUAUCCUGGCUGAUCCUCAAAAUAUCUGCACCUUUUUCUACUGUGACAAGAAAAACGAAAAUAACCAGUCAAUUUGUACCGUGCUGGUAAAUCUUCUGGCUCAAAUUCUGGCUCACCUUGAGGACAUACCCGCAUUCAUCACCGCUGUCCAUGAGAAUGCCAUCCGUUUUGGGCGAUUUAAGAUGGCAGCUGCCGACAUGCCUCUUGCGCUGUUGAAAAGGCUGAUUAAGUCGAUGAAAAAGGUCUACAUUAUUAUCGAUGGCGUGGACGAAUUCAAGGACCCGGUCCAAGUCGUUGACACUGCGCAGGAGCUUAUCGAAUCUUUGCCAAAUGUCCAGAUCAUCCUCCUCAGUCGAGACGACCCUAAGAUCAAGACCAGGACGGAACAACAUCUCAGGAUUACUAUGACUCCUGCUGAAACGAGCCAUGACAUGGCCGAGUUUAUCUCCAAAGCAAUUAGCCAACUUGAAAUUCCCGAGGAAACCUGUCGUCAGGACAUCGAGGACCAGAUCUUGCGGCGCGCUGCCGGAAUGUUUCUUUGGGCGCAUCUUAUGAUCGAAUCCCUGAAACUGGCAACCUCAUCUCGAGAAAUAGCGGAUAUUCUAAGCUACAUGCCCACAGGUCUUGAAGUGAUGUAUGGUGCCAUCCUCGAGAAGCUGGCACGAGGACCAGCCGGACGACAAGCCCUUGCAAAAAAGAUCCUACUCUGGACUCGUCUGUCAGCUCGGGAUCUGCAUUGGAACGAACUCGAAUCCGCUGCAGCAGUGGAGAUGUAG